GGUAAUCGCAAAACUGAAGACAAAAACUUCUUCUUCGAUGGACAUAAGGAAGCGGAAGUUCGCCGGCGGCGAUGGAGACGGUGGCGCGUCAGUUAACGACGUCGGUGAUCCCGAUUCCUGUAGUGGUGUUUCUAGAUCUCCGAGUAGGAUAUUUUUGUUGUGCCUCGCGUUUCGUGUGGUAAAUGCUCUGUUGAUUAAGACUUAUUUCAACCCUGAUGAACAUUGGCAAUCACUUGAAGUAGCUCACCGCACCGUCUUUGGGUAUGGUUAUAUGACAUGGGAGUGGAAGAGAGGAAUACGAAGCUAUUUGCAUCCUAUGGUAUUCGCAUUCUUGUAUAAACUUCUUCAAGUUACGGGUCUUGAUACUCCCUACAUUAUGAGGAAGGCUCCACGUCUCAUGCAAUCCGUAUUCUCAGCUAUUGGUGAUCUCUAUUUGUAUAAACUCUCAGAUGCUCUAUAUGGAGAAAAUGCUGCAAGUUGGUCUCUCUUUUGUCAAAUGGCAAACUGGUUCGUCUUCUUCUGUUUGAACCGUACCUUUUCAAACUGUUUGGAGACUGUUCUUACCAUCAUGGGGCUGUACUACUGGCCUUGUAUUAGAAACCAUUCAACAGACUAUCCCGUUAAUCGGAAGUGGGGUUUGGUCAUAGCAGCCCUAGCAUGUGCCAUAAGGCCAACAAGUGCAAUCAUAUGGUUAUACGUUGGGAUGCUCGAGCUAUUUCUGACUCCUAAUAAGGUCAAAUUCAUCAUUCUAGAGGUGAUCCCGAUUGGAUCUUUGGUCCUCGGUUUCACCUGUUUGCUGGACCGUCUGAUGUACGGCUCAUGGGUUAUUGUGCCUCUCAAUUUUCUGAAGUUUAAUUUCCUUUCAUCUGGUGGAGACUAUUACGGAACUCACCCAUGGCACUGGUACUUCAGCCAGGGAUUUCUUGUCAUGCUUUUCACUUUUACACCAUUUUCCAUUACUGGAAUGAUCAAGUCUAAAAAUCAGAAGCUUUCAGCUCUUAUUCUAUGGGUCUUAGCAUUAUACAGCGUACUCGGCCACAAGGAAUUCAGGUUUGUCCUGCCUGUGCUACCCAUAGCUUUGAUAUUCUCUGGGUAUGCGUUUGCUCAAAUGGAAGUAUCUGGUUCAUCAUCAUCAUCACCAGUCACUAAAAAGAAGCAAGUCCCUCGACAGAACCAUACCAUCAAGUGGUCUCCUAAAUUAAGACUUUCAGUCUUUUUUUUGCUUGCUACCAAUAUCCCAAUGGCACUAUACAUGAGUUUAUUCCAUCAGAGAGGAACCGAGGAUGCGAUGAACUACUUAUCGGAUGAAGCAUACAAAGGGAGAGUAAAGAGCAUCCUCUUUCUCAUGCCGUGCCAUUCUACUCCCUAUUAUUCCACUCUCCAUCACAACAUUCCAAUGCAAUUUCUCGACUGCACCCCAAGUGAAGAGAAGGGAGAACUUGAUGAGUCAGACCGGUUCUUAGUGAACCCGUUAGGUUUUGCAUCAGAGUUAGCUAGAAACUGGUCAGAGCCGCCUAGUCACAUUGUAUUGUUUGCAUCAGAAGAAACAAAACUCAGAGAUUUCAUGAUACAACAUUCCUAUAAAAAGGUGAAGAGGUUUUUCCACGCGCAUUUCAAGGUUGAUCGAGAUCUUCAAUCCUCAGUGGUCGUCUAUGUUGUAAACCACACAUAGUUAUCCCUAAGAGUAGCAGCCUUACAGGUUCUUAUAAUCAUUAGCCUCAUCAGGCAGGCUAUAGAAUCUAUCUGAACUCCUCUGUCUCAAAAUCAAACACACGGUUGUCCAUUAAGAGUCUAAUCUCGGUUAUCUUAUACCGUUUUUAACUCCAAUCUGUUCCGGUUAAAUUGUUCAACCGGGAAACAUUGAGUACACAGAUUAGAGCAUUUGUUUAAUUUGUGACUAGUUAAUUUCUAUGAUGACAAAGAUUCUUAAUCA